CUAUAUGGCAGCGGGGAGGGGAGGGCGAGAGCUCGGCCGCAUUCGGGGCCGCCUGCGCUCAUCAAACGCUGCUCAUUGAACACACAGUGAGGCAGAGCUGGAGUGGAAAUAUUUUUUAUGCCGCAAUAUGCGUGAAUUUCUAAAAUAAACCCGGGGUUGCUGGAGCCCUUCUGAAGGAGGUCUGGAUCAGUACUCAUUCGCGCGGGCCCUGAGAGGCCGACCCGUCAGACGGGCAUCGGGCGAGCACGUUACAUGCCAGCGUUUUUGGUUUUAUUUGGACUGCCCCCUUUAGGUUGAAUCCCCUCUCCCCCGAUACUCUUUCAUUCAUCAGAAAGAGUGAGUUUUGACCCUAGUGCGGCAGCCGGGCUGCUCCCCCACACACAGAUGAAUGAAGACCCCAUUCGGGAAGAACGCGGCCCAGAGAUCCAGAGCUGAUGCAGGGCAUGCUGGUGUCUCUGCAAAUAUGAUGAAGAAAAAGAACUCUCAUAAUUUCCGGUCCUGCCACUCACACUCGUGUUUUCCCGUGUGUCUUUCAGCCUCAACGCGCAUCAGCGACGCUCACCUGGCCGACACCAUGAUCGGCAAAGCCGUGGAGCACAUGUUCGAGACGGAGGACGGCACUAAGAACGAGUGGAGGGGAAUGGUUCUGGCCCGGGCGCCCAUCAUGAACACGUGGUUCUACAUCACGUACGAGAAAGACCCGGUGCUCUACAUGUAUCAGCUGCUCGAUGACUAUAAAGACGGAGAUCUGAGGAUCAUGCCAGACUCUAACGACUCGCCCCCAGCAGAGCGUGAGCCCGGAGAGGUAGUGGACAGCCUCGUGGGGAAGCAGGUGGAAUACGCCAAAGAGGACGGCUCUAAACGAACUGGCAUGGUUAUCCAUCAGGUGGAGGCCAAGCCCUCCGUCUACUUCAUCAAGUUUGAUGACGACUUUCACAUUUACGUCUAUGACCUGGUGAAAACCUCGUAAAGCGGCGACACGGGACGAGGAGAGGGGGAGGAGUUUCACGUAAACCAUGUGAUCCACACAGACUUUUUUUUUGCCAAAAGUUCUCUCUGAACAUUUCUCAUAACAUCUUUUGGAAAUGGAACGCUGGAUAUUUCGGUGGAUUACCGCUAGUGUCUCUUAUCGCUGUAGGAUGAACGGACAUCCCCCCCCCCCCGACAUACAUGUAGCUAGUAGGUUCGUCUCGAGCAUUUCCCAUUCCUGUUGGUUGUCGCGAAGACGUUCAUCGGGAAAAUCCCAUCUGGCUGUUCUGGGACGUUAAAGUGUUCAUCUGUUGGACUGUUACAGCUCCGUCUUGGGUUGAAAUUCAAGCUAGCGGUUUGCGCCGAUCCUGAGGAAACGGUGAAAAUGAAACGCGGCGGUCCGUGAAGGAUGGGGAGCGUUCGGGACGUCCUAAACCUCGUAAAAGUGCCAGGAGGUGGAGGGCGGGAGAAAAUGUCUGUAAAUAAGACAUCGUUCUGUCCUUGAUGUCUUUGAGUCUGUUGCCAGAUGUUUCUUGUUUUAUCCCUCCGUCUUCUGGUUCUCGCCGGAAUUGCGCACACGAGCUCCGCUGUCAAUCAAAUGUAGGCAUUUGUGGCGUGAAACCCCACCGUCUUGUUUUUAUGUAUUUUGUUUUCUACUUUUU